UUCGUCUUUGCCACCAAGUGGUUAAGCUGGAAUACUUUGUGACAGCCUGGUACUCCCUUAGGACGGAUGGUUAAUUACGGGUAAGGGAUAACCACUUUUUUUUUCCCACCGGGGGUCGUGCAGGGACGUUUUUGAUAUUUACUUGCCCGGCUUUGGUUUGUUUGCCGCCUUGUUUUUUUUUUCGGGGUUUCUAUAUUUUAUCUGUCCCCUCGGUUGCCUCUUUGUACCUGCAGGAACAUCUCUUUUUUUGUUCACCUGCAUUGCAUCGUCAGUCGUUAUUUUUCUGCUUGCUUGCUUGCCUUCUCCAGGGCGUAUACACUCACAAAAAAAAAGACACAAUGGGCAACCAAUCUUCAAGCCUGCAGACCUGUCUCAAGGAUGUCUGUGCUGGACAGUCCAACUGCGUUGGCUACGCCGCUUUUAAUAACGACCCAAUCUACCAGCUCAGCUGGGUCAAGCCGUACAACCUCGAUUCAUCCGCCGCCGUGAGCCCGGUGGCAGUCGUGAGGCCAAAGACGGUGGAGCAGGUGGCUGGUAUAGUCAAGUGUGCGGCUGCGGAUGGUAAAAAGGUUCAGGCCAAAUCGGGAGGACACUCAUACGGAACUCACGCCGCUGCAGGUCUUGGUGGCCCAAACAACACCGAUGUCAUCACCAUCGACAUGGUAAACUUUCAACAUUUCAGCAUGGACAAUGUGACUUGGAAGGCAACGAUGGGAUCUGGCCAUCAGCUCGGCGACGUAUCCCAAAAGCUGCACGACAACGGCGGCAGGGCAAUGGCCCAUGGCGUGUGUCCUGGAGUCGGAAUAGGCGGCCACGCCACCAUCGGCGGCCUCGGAGCCAUGUCUCGCCAGUGGGGAUCCUGCCUGGAUCACGUACUCGAGGUUGAGGUCGUCACUGCAGACGGCAAGAUUCAACGGGCCAGUGAAGAGCAAAACUCGGAUUUGUUCUUUGCUCUCAAAGGUGCCGGUGGCAGCUUCGGUGUGAUAACAGAAUUCGUCAUGAAGACGCACCCCGAAUUCGGCAAGGCGGUGCAGUACAUGUACUCAUUUACCUUUCGGUCCAUGCGCGAACAGUGGCGUGUCUUCAAGGCCUGGCAGGAUCUCAUCGGCGACCCGGACCUGGACCGCCGCUUCGGCAGCCAAAUCAUCAUCACGCCGCUGGGCUGCGUCAUCGAGGGCACAUUUUACGGCACGCAGGAUGAGUUUGACGCUACAGGCAUCGUCAGCAAGCUCCCCUCGACACGCAACUCGACCAUCCAGGUGACGGACUGGAUGGGCGCUGUGAUCAGCAACGCCGAGCGCGAGGCCCUAUACGUCUCCAACCUCGCGGCACCCUUCUACUCCAAAUCUCUCGGGUUCCGACAGCAGGAUCUGCUGUCCGAGGACGCCAUCAAGGACAUGUUCAACUACAUCGCCGACGCCAAGACGGGCACGCCCAUCUGGUCCAUCAUCUUCGACCUCGAGGGCGGGGCCAUCAACGACAUCCCCAUGAACGCCACCGCCUACGCCCACCGCGACAAGACCAUGUUCUACCAGUCGUACGCCGUGGGGAUCCCGCAGGUCUCGAGCACCACGCGCAAAUUCCUGACCGGCUUCCACGACCGCGUCGCCGCGAGCAUCAAGGACCGCGAGAACUCGGGCGCCGUCCUGUACGCCGGCUACGUCGACAUAGCGCUGGGCGACGCCGCGCAAAAGUCAUACUGGGGUUCCAACUACCCGGCUCUCCAGCGCAUCAAGGCAAAGUAUGACCCGAAUGAUGUGUUUAGGAAUUACCAGAGCGUUAGGCCUGACGCCAACGCAAAGAGCGAUGAUGGGUCUGGAUCCAGCCCGACGCAAAGUGGCACUAGCGAUCCGCAGGCCACUGGCGAAAGCAAUGAUGAGAACCUCGGGUCCGUCAGCCGACCAGGAUGGGCGCUACUAUGGCUAUGGCUGGGGGUUUCGACGAUGGCGCCAUUCUUGUUUUGAAGGAGGAGACUUUGUUGAACACCAGGUGGCUUGGUAUUACACUCCUUUAGGGCCCCUUCUCGGCGAGCCUUUGCCAGAGCGGGGGGAUGCCAUGAUUUGAAGAGCGAUGAUGAUAUGCAUAAUGACUUGACGACAUGAGCUUGAUUGGCUUGGUCACGAUACAGAUAGAAUUUGGCUUUCAUGUUACCCUCACCAUCAGAUUGAACUACCCCAUUAAUCACUUACGUUUAUAUGACUAUAGAAACACUGUUUUGUAACGCUCGGUAAAUCUUAGUCCGUCAGAUUCCAGAUCGUCGUUUUUUAUGUAGCACUCUGUCUUCUCUUGACGCGGAACAUCCUUCAUUGGCAUGUCAAGAGGAAACGACUCAACCAAACAUUUGCCAAUCAGCAUAUCCCACGGUACCUCAUCCCCCUCCGCCCUGGCUAACAUGUCGAAUCGUAGUAGUAUCUGCCAAGACCAAGCUAAAUACUCAUCUAGCUGAUCCCUAUUCAACUCAUGGAGCGGAUCGUGCGGUACCUUCAAGAGCCGCGUCUCGUGAUAAUCUGCAAGGCGAAGAACGAUAUCGACAAGCUCGGUUGGAAGGCCUUUUACGCCCAGCACCGACCUCACCGUUUCGAUUUCGGCAGCUGACGGCAUGUACGGUGGAUCCGUGUCAAAAUCCAAACCUAUAAACUCUUUAUAGCUUAUGCGGCCCAGCGGGUAAAAGUGAUCAUAUUUGACUUUCCACCGACUCUCCUUGCGCGGACACGUCCGGGAAUGGUCGUCUCGGAUGCCGAAAAACUCCAUGUGUCGAAACUGCGGGAUCUGCGUCAUCAUGUCCGAUACGGUCAGGUCGUGUACCAGCCUCUGGUACGUUUUGGUGCUCAAGUAGUCCGGGGAUGGAUCCGACCAUUCCUCCUCCUCGCUCUUGGCGUUCCCCCCGGCUUUCCUGACGCACCGCUCCGGGAACCCUCGUCGGAUGAAGUUGAGCAAGAUGUAUGCCCGCAGCGUGUCUCGACACAUCAUGCCCAACGCCACGUCGGGACCCACGCAGUAGCAGGUCUGCACGUCCCACCAGCUCAGGAAGUCGACCGUAUGGUGCGCGCAGAUGCGUAGCACCGUGUCCAUGCUGCCAUGCAGGAUCAGCGCCUUGAGCAGCUCCAGGCCGUAGAAGCCGUCGCCGUUUUCCUCGUCGAACCGGUAGCAAUCGUUGCGCUGAUAAUCGUGGAGAAACGUCGACAUGCGUCGAUCCUCAAAACGGGGGAGACACCGGCAGUUGUAGUCGCCUACGUGAGUGCAUAUCACGGGCUCACCACCAGCUCCGGACGUUGGCAAUGGCGCCCCGGCAUGCUUGAACCGCCUCACAGACCACGGCAUACGCUCAUCCUGUAGCGGGCCGCGGUUUUGAAGGCAAGACGGGGUUCCGCUGACGGCACACGACAAGUACCAGCGACGCAAGGAUGCGUCCAUCUCAACGAGGUCCGACUCGGGUAUGACUAUGUCAUUGGGAUCUGGAUCCUCGUAGCUUUCUGCAUAUUUCUUUCGUUCCUGGGCAGCUGAAGUCGUAAGAAACUCGGCCAGCAGUUCUACAAACCUGUUUAGAUCUUUGCCUUGGUCUGGUUUAUGGCGAGGGUAAAAGUUGGUAAUGUCACCGUGGUCGGGAUGAGAUGUGGCAAACUCAAAAUGGGAGGUGAGUAAGUCCCAAGGCACGUCGCUCAUGGGAGUUGCCAUUGUAGGCUACAGGUGUUUGGUUUAGGCUGCUCUCGUUCAGAAUGGAGUUGCUAGAUCAUAUUAGGUGAAAAUACCUACCCAAGAUCUCUG